CCAAACUAAUCAUGUGUUGACAUUUGAUUUUUAAAAAUUACAUAAUAAUUUUCUUUCUUUUUUUUCACUCCUCAUUCUUUGAUGAUUUCGUAUACUUGUGAUUGAGUGUUUCAUUUUAACUGGUUGAUCAUCAUCAUCAUCAUCAUAUUUCUGCAUAAGAAUCUAGACUACAAAGAAUAAUAUUCCAUAUUAACAAUAGCAACAACAAUAAGCUGGCAAACAAAAAUUUUUCUUUUUAUAAUUCACCAAAUAAAUAAUAUUAAAAAAAAGUAUUUUAUUUUUCAUUUGAAAAUACUCGGAAAAAAACGAUUCAUUUCCAAAAAUGUUGAUCUGUACCAAAUUGAUCGUUAUUCUAUACAAUUUUAUUUUCUGGCUUACCGGUGUAUUUAUUCUUGGCCUUUCCGCUUAUCUAUGGUGGGAUUCACAGAAUUAUCUGGAUAUUCAUGAAGUUAGCGCACAUUAUGUUACACCAUUUAUUGCUAUGCUUAUACUUGGUGGUAUGAUAACCAUUAUUGGUUUUCUUGGCUGUUGUGGAGCUAUUCGUGAAUCUAAAUGUCUUUUGCUUAUGUAUAUUUCGAUCUGUUUGAUAUUAUGUGUAUUGAGCGGUGCAUUUCUAUUUUGGACCAUACGAAAUGGUGAAAAAGUACGUGAACGAAUUCGUUUAGAUACGACCAAAUUGAUUAAACGAAAUUAUGGAACUGGAAAUACUAAUGCUACCGAAAUGUUAGUCGAUCGUAUACAACGAUAUUUUACCUGUUGUGGAAUAAUGGGACCUGAAGAUUGGAUUACAUCCAAUUAUAAUAAUCAAACAAAUGAAGAGAAUUUCAAUUCGAUGAACAAUUUGAAAUAUCCAUCAGCAGGUCAACGAAUGUAUCGUAUACCUAAAUCAUGUUGUCAAGAUAAUGAAGAUCGUUAUAAUCUAUGUAUCGGUCGUGUAGAAUAUUUAAAUGCUAAUGACAUUCAAAAUCUUAAAGAAAUAGUUGGCCUAAAUAAUGAUGGAUGUAUGAAUAAAUUUGAAGAUUUUAUUCGACAUAAACAAUUAUUUGUUAUUAUGGCUGGAGCUAUUUUAGUCGGCGUUCAACUUCUUGCAUUGAUAUUUUCAUUUUGUCUAUUCUGCGCUAUAUCUCGACAAGAUGACAAAUAAACAUUUAUCAACAACAAUAA